AUGGUCGGGGGAGGCGGAAGCAGGGGAGGUGGAAUCGGGGGAAGCGCGAUUGAGCGCGGAAGCAGCAAGCAUGCAGGGUCCGGCGUCGGCGUAGGGUUACCCGUUCGCAGCGCUUCGCCGCACAGUGUCGCCAACCACGCAGAGUCGCCCGGGCACAUGUCGGACGGGCGCGGCUCCGGCAGUCACUCGAGCCACGAGGGGCGCCGCAGGCGAAAAUCCUCCGAUAACGUCGCCGUCGAGGCGCGGGCCUCGUUGGCCGGUCUUAGUCUUUCCGGUUUAAGCGGCGGGUACGGGGCGGUCCCUACGGCCACGGGGAACAGCACGAACGGCGGCGGGGGGCGAAGCAGAAGCGGCGCAAUGGGCGGCGCGGCGAGACAGCCGACGCUGGAGUCGAUGCGAAACGGGGUUAACAACAGCAGCAACAGCAGCAGUAUCAAUAGCGUCGUCGAUCCGCGAUUACCGCUCGUCAACACCCCUGACUCCAUACCGUCAGAUGCGGACAAGCCGCGGUUUCCGUUAAAGCCAUCUGUGAACGCGGCGCAAUUUCCGCCGGGGAGCGCGGAGUUGGCGGCGGCGGCGGCGGCUUUGGCGGCCGCUGCCGGCGGAGUCGCGUAUUGCAAGCCGCGGUACCAGUUCUGCCCGAAUUGCGGGUUUCAGUUAGUAGAAAACCCGAUAAUAGAACCCAUCUUAAAGCCCGUUGUUCCCGCUGUGGCGGAGGAGGAGACGGAUUCGGAACAAGACUGCGACGACGACGCGAGCGAGGUAUCUGUACCACGUGUCAAAGCGCCAUUGGCGAACGCCAAGGCGAAAACCAAGAAGGGGAAGAGCCACGCGGAAAAAGAAAGGCCGCGCAGCAGGCGUUCUUCCGCGGAGCACAGUAGCAGUGGCGGGGGUGAUUCCGACGCCGGCGGAGGGGGCGGAGCUUCCGCCGCGGGGAGAGCGGGAAGCGACGCGGAAGAGCCUGGCGCGCGGAAGCCCACCCCCGCGUUUCCCCCGUCCGCGUCUUCCGCAGGGAAAGAGAUUGAGGGGAGCCGCAUGGACCGGCUGAGAGCGCCGGAGGUGGGACAGCGCCAGGUGCUCCGCCACAUGGAGAAGGGCGGCGGAGCGGGCGCGGGCGGCGGAAAGGGGCGCCAUCGGCGCAUCGGGAGCGUGGAUCAUAAUAUUUAUUCCGCUGCUAUGCCGCUCACGAAGGGGCGGCUGGCGGGCGGCGCGGGGGCAGCGGCGGGGAGGGAUCAGGGUUACGCGGAUGCGGAGGGGGGAGGGAUGGGCGUGGGACGCGCGGGGAUGAGGGGGAUCGCGUCUCCCGUUCAGGAGGAUGACGGGGAGGGGACGGAGCGUAGCUCGCCGACGGAAUCCGUCGCGUUGUCUGACGUGUCCGUGGCUACGGGGCGCGACGCGCCGGGUGGCGGCGCGAGCGCUGUCAGCGCCGCGAUUUCCGCCCACAGAAAGCGGUUGGGGAUCGGGGGCGAUGGGGGGAGCGAGAGGGGGAGCGAGCGGGGGAGCGAGAGGGGGAGCGCGGCGGGUUCGCCCAGGGGGGAACCUGGAGGCGCAGGGUCUCCGCGGAAAUCCGCUAUAGGGCUGAAAAAGCUACAGCUAAGAGUGGAAAUCGGGGCAGAUGAUAGCGGGGAUGAGGGCAGAGAGGUUAAACUGGUGGCGGUAGGCCCCCCCGCGGGGAAGGCGGGGGGAGGGGGGAUGGGGGGAGAGGGGGCAGGGGGAAGCGGAGCAGGAGGAAUGGGGAGAGGAGUGCGGGAGGUGGCGGGGAUAGGGUCUGUGAAAGAAAGGUCUGGGCUGAGGAGGGAGGGUAGUGGGGUGAGAGGGAGUGUCGGGGUUGGGGCGGGCGGGGGAGCAUUGGGAGCAGCAGCAGCAGCAGCAGGGGGGGGCAUACCAGCGGCAGCUGUAGCACCAGUGACCGUAGCGCCGGUGGCUGUAGCGGGGCCGGUGGCGGCGCUACAGAAGGGCGCGCACCGGCGCAUAUCAUCAUGGGUGGACGGGGGCAGCCUGCGGCACACGGACUUCAUCCUGCGCAAGCCGUACCGCGAGGUCACCGAGGUGUUUGACGUGCAGGAGGAGGAGCUGGGCGUGGGGCAGUUCGGCGUUAUUCGAUCGUGCGUCAAUAGAAUGACUGGCGCGCUGCUGGCUUGCAAAACGAUCAGCAAGGAACGGAUUGUGUGUGGGUGGGAGUAUAAAUUCGCACCGCAUGCCAUCACCGCAUGCCAUCACCGCAUGCCAUCACCGCAUGCCAUCACCGCAUGCCAUCACCGCAUGCCAUCACCGCAUGCCAUCACCGCAUGCCAUCACCGCAUGCCAUCACCGCAUGCCAUCACCGCAUGCCAUCACCGCAUGCCAUCACCGCAUGCCAUCACCGCAUGCCAUCACCGCAUGCCAUCACCGCAUGCCAUCACCGCAUGCCAUCACCGCAUGCCAUCACCGCAUGCCAUCACCGCAUGCCAUCACCGCAUGCCAUCACCGCAUGCCAUCACCGCAUGCCAUCACCGCAUGCCAUCACCGCAUGCCAUCACCGCAUGCCAUCACCGCAUGCCAUCACCGCAUCACCAUGCAUCACGCAGCCAGCAACCACUGCAGUGUCCGGGGGACGCAGCACAAGGAGGUGCGGUGGGGUGGGUAGGGGUCGGACCUCCUUGCGCAGAGUGCCCGGAGGAUGCAGAGGACGUGCGCAAGGAGGUGCAGCUGAUGCAGCAGCUGCGGGGCCACCCCAACAUCAUCGACCUCUAUGAGACUUUUGAGGACAGCAAGUUUGAGGAGAGCAAGCAAGAUCUGCAAGGGCGGGGUGCUUUAUUGUCACUUCGAUACCCUCUUCACCUUUCUCCACCUCUCUUCACCUUCCCUUGUCAACCCCUCCUCUUGCCCCCAUCGUCCCUGCUUGUGGGGCAGCAUGUGCACCUGGUGAUGGAGAUCUGCAAGGGAGGGGAGCUGUUCGACCGCAUCAAGCUGAGGGGGCAGUACAGCGAGCGCAGCGCGGCGCUCGUGUGCCAGACGCUCGUGGAGGCGCUGCUCUACUGCCACUCCAAUGGCAUUGCUCACCGCGACGUGAAGCCGGAGAACAUUCUCCUCAUGCACAAGGAUGACGACACCAAUAUCAAAGUUAUCGACUUUGGCGUCGCCACGCGAUUCAGACACGGCGAGCCUCUCACUGAGUUCGUAGGCACGCCGUACUACAUGGCCCCAGAGGUCCUCACCGGCUCGUACGGCCCCGAAUCAGAUAUCUGGUCGGCGGGUAUCGUCCUAUACAUCAUGCUGUGCGGCUUCCCGCCGUUCUGGGCGGCGAGCAACGAGGGCAUAUUCGAUGCGAUCCGGCGCAAGGAGGUGCAGUUCAGGUCCGCCAAGUGGCGCACUUCCGCCAGCAGUCAGGAUGAACUCUCUGUCGCCGUUACAUCAGUAGUCGCCGUCACCUCCCCUGAGUGCUUCAGUCUUUCGUUCCUACGCGCUGCCUCACCACUCCUCAGUUCCUCCCCUCGCUCCUUACCUCCACCCUUCUCUCCGCUCCUUACCUCCACCCUUCUCUCUGCUCCUUACCUCCACCCUUCUCUCUGCUCCUUACCUCCACCCUUCUCUCUGCUCCUUACCUCCACCCUUCUCUCUGCUCCUUACCUCCACCCUUCUCUCUGCUCCUUACCUCCACCCUUCUCUCUGCUCCUUACCUCCACCCUUCUCUCUGCUCCUUACCUCCACCCUUCUCUCUGCUCCUUACCUCCACCCUUCUCUCCGCUCCUUACCUCCACCCUUCUGUCCGCUCCUUACCUCCACCCUUCUCUCCGCUCCUUACCUCCACCCUUCUGUCCGCUCCUUACCUCCACCCUUCUCUCCGCUCCUUACCUCCACCCUUCUCUCUGCUCCUUACCUCCACCCUUCUCUCUGCUCCUUACCUCCACCCUUCUCUCUGCUCCUUACCUCCACCCUUCUCUCUGCUCCUUACCUCCACCCUUCUCUCUGCUCCUUACCUCCACCCUUUUCUCUCCACCCUUCUCUCUGCUCCUUACCUCCACCCUUCUCUCCGCUCCUUACCUCCACCCUUCUCUCUGCUCCUUACCUCCACCCUUCUCUCUGCUCCUUACCUCCACCCUUCUCUCUGCUCCUUACCUCCACCCUUCUCUCUGCUCCUUACCUCCACCCUUCUCUCUGCUCCUUACCUCCACCCUUCUCUCCUCUCCUUACCUCCACCCUUCUCUCCGCUCCUUACCUCCACUCCACCCUUCUCUCCGCUCCUUACCUCCACCCUUCUCUCCGCUCCUUACCUCCACCCUUCUCUCCGCUCCUUACCUCCACCCUUCUCUCCGCUCCUUACCACCACCCUUCUCUCCGCUCCUUACCUUCCACCCUUCUCUCCUCUCCUUACCUCCACCCUUCUCUCUGCUCCUGACCUUCCACCCUUCUCUCUGCUCCUUACCUCCACCCUUCUCUCUGCUCCUUACCUCCACCCUUCUCUCUGCUGCUUACUCCCCCUUUGCUCCUUACCUCCACCCUUCUCUCUGCUCCUUACCUCCACCCUUCUCUCUGCUCCUUACCUCCACCCUUCUCUCUGCUCCUUACCUCCACCCUUCUCUCUGCUCCUUACCUCCACCCUUCUCUCUGCUCCUUACCUCCACCCUUCUCUCCGCUCCUUACCUCCACCCUUCUCUCUGCUCCUUACCUCCACCCUUCUCUCUGCUCCUUACCUCCACCCUUCUCUCUGCUCCUUACCUCCACCCUUCUCUCUGCUCCUUACCUCCACCCUUCUCUCUGCUCCUUACCUCCACCCUUCUCUCCUCUCCUUACCUCCACCCUUCUCUCCGCUCCUUACCUCCACCCUUCUCUCCGCUCCUUACUCCACCCUUCUCUCCGCUCCUUACCUCCACCCUUCUCUCCGCUCCUUACCUCCACCUUCUCUCCGCUCCUUACCACCACCUUCUCUCCGCUCCUUACCUCCACCCUUCUCUCCGCUCCUUACCUCCACCCUUCUCUCCGCUCCUUACCACCACCCUUCUCUCCGCUCCUUACCUCCACCCUUCUCUCCUCUCCUUACCUCCACCCUUCUCUCUGCUCCUUACCUCCACCCUUCUCUCUGCUCCUUACCUCCACCCUUCUCUCUGCUCCUUACCUCCACCCUUCUCUCUGCUCCUUACCUCCACCCUUCUCUCUGCUCCUUACCUCCACCCUUCUCUCUGCUCCUUACCUCCAUCCUUCUCUCUGCUCCUUACCUCCUCCCUUCUCUCUGCUCCUUACCUCCACCCUUCUCUCUGCUCCUUAUCUCCACCCUUCUCUCCCGCUCCUUACCUCCACCCUCCUCCCCCUACGCCUCACCUCCUUCGUAUCCUCUCUCGCCUCUCCCAGUCGACCAUAUGCAGACGACAAGGAUCGAGGACCACGCGGGCCAAGCCACGGGACCACCACCACGCGCCUGCCACGUCAGCCGCGGGUUCUGCUGCCACGUCAUUGGGAGGAACUGGAGGCGGGCUAUCAGCGGCUUCUGCUGUGGGUCCACCUGGGUUCUUGUUCCCUGCCACCGCUGCCACGUCAUCUGCAUGUGAGACUAACCCGUCAUUGGUUGGAAUUGAUUUUGCAAUGGCAGGUUCUUUCCCGGUAAAGACCUAG